AUGGGGACCCACACCUCAUACUCCCCCGUGGUGCCGCUGCUGGGCAUCGAUUUCCAGUGGGACCCUUCCCAGAUCUGUCCCGACGACAUCUCCCGCUUUCUCACUGUCACCGGUAACGAUGACGUAAUCGAGUGUUGGGGCGAACCGUUCCAAGAACCAAAAGGCCGGCUCAUGGUGAAUCUGAGUACCCCCGAGAUCGUCGACUUCUGCCGUGAGCUUGAACAGCCGAUGGCUCCCUACCUCAACCGGUGUUCCAGCGAAGCUCCCUGUCGUCACGAAGACGCUCCCUAUUGUCUUGAAUUAGCUAAUGGCACUCAGGUGUGUAUUGCCAGCCAGCCGUGGUUUGCCACUUCUGAGAAGCAUGUGUGGUGGGUGACGGAGCGGGCUUCGAGACUAAGCAACGGCGAGAUCGCCUUGGCAUCAGUACUCCCCGUGGUGGCGGUAUUGGUGGCGGCCAUUGGCCUACGCCGAUGGCAGCAGAUACGUCGCCACCGCCGCAACUUGGCCAGCGCGGGCGCUGGCGCCUACAAGGCGUAG